AUGUUAGAACAAUUAAAAUUAAGGUGUGAUGGAUAUAAUAUUAAAAUCAUUUUAAAGGAUAAUUAACAGUUGAUUAACUACUGUGCUGAAUCAUAAAAUAAGUAUUUAGUAAACGAUUUGAAAGUGGAAGGAAUAUAUUUUAGAAAAGUAGUAGAAAAAGUAAAUGAUUAAAGCUUUCUUGUGAAUUAUCCUUAAGGACAAGUUUUAGAGAAGCUAAUUUAAGAAAAUGAUUUUCUUCCAGAGAAAAUCAUAUAGACUAUAUUAAUUUAAAUUCUUGAAGGAUUAGCUAAACUCUAUCGUAAUAAGAUCCUGGGUAGAUGCUUUAAUAUUGAGAAUAUAAUGUGGGAUGGAAAUAAUAUAUCUAUGAUGAAUUUUGGGUUUUAUCCAGAAGUUUGUUAAACGCUUAAAAAUUAUGAUCAUUCAUUAGAUACUCUUCUUUUAGGAUAAGUAGCUUAUUGUUUGAUAACAUGUUAGCCAAAAAUUAAUUCGAACUAUUUAGAGACUUUGAUAUGUCCUCCAGUAUCAUAAGAAUUAAAAGAGUUAACUGCAAAAAUGCUAGAUUCAGAAAAUAAAAGAAUUUAAUUAUGGUAAAUAGCAGAAUAUUUUAAAUCAAACUUGCCUGAGGAUAUAUAUAAAUUUUACAUAAAUAGUUAUUAAGAUAAUUGUAAAAUACUUGAUUAAAUCAUCAUAGAGAGAGAAUAGUAUGCUUAUUGUUCAAUUAAAAUAAUUUAAUUUGAACCAGAAGAUUAAGUAAUUUAAGAGGAUAUGAGUUACUUAUUAUAUUAUAAUAAAUAAAUAAAUGAAAACUAAAUUAUUUGGGAAUAAUUACAUAACGAAUUAUAUAGAAUUUAUUUGUUAUAAAAUUUAAAAAAGAUCAUUAAAGAUAAGUAUUAAUAUCAAGAAGAAUAGACAUAUUUAGAUUAGUUAAAUUUUAUUGUUGAUAAAACAAUUUUGAUUGUAAUGUGUAAAUUUGAAAAAUAUUUGUAAACUGAAUUUUCUGGAGAUUAAUGUUUCACCUUAAGGAGAGUAUUAAAAGAUUAAAUUAUGAAUGGAAAAUCAUUUUUCAAUACAGAUCAUAAUUUAGAAAAUAUUAAAAAUUAAACUAAAAAAAAGAAAGAUACUGAAAAACAUUUUCAAAUGGUAAUACAAAUAUUAUUAAUUGUAGGAUAUUUUUGAGAAUGAAUUUGAUGAUAUAAAAUUGGCAUUUCGUAAAUAUGUUUUAGAUGUGUAUCGAUAUUACGAGAAAAAUGCUUAAAAUUGUAAAGACCCCUAAGAAAAAUUAGAGAAUUCUCAAAUAUAGUUGAGAAUACUUAUGACUAUAAUUUUAAAUUAAGUAAUAAAAAAUAAGGAAGUUCAUUUUAAAACACUCAAGAAAGUUGUUGGAAAAUAAAAAUUAUGUUUAAAUGAUAUUGAAAUAAGAUUUUUUUAAUUGGCUAGUAUCUAAUAGAUUUAAGAAUAAAUUACUGAAAUAAAUUAAGAAUAUUUCAUUAAGUGA